AUGGACCGGUUAACGACCCGAAACAACCCAGUACUCUGUUCGAUCCUCAAUCCGCAGCAUUCCCAGAAAUUGAACUCUCUUAAAACCCUAACAAUGGCGGUGGCCGAGUCUCAUUCCAAGCGACCCACUUGCCCAUCUUGCUCCAAACCAUCCCGUCUCUGCCUUUGCACUCGGAUACAGAACCCGGGUGGUAUUGAUAACAAGGUGAGUGUAACCAUUCUUCAACACAGUAAAGAAACAAAGCACCCUCUUAAUUCUGUUAGGAUUGCAAAACUGGGGCUUAGCAAUCUCACUGUGGUUACUGUUUCCGAUGUUAAUUUCGGCGCCCAGUUUGUUAUCCGGUUGAUAGAGUCUGAUGGAGUUCCGGAUAGGAAUCAAACCCAGAAACGAAAGCUUGAGGAUAUCUGUGGUUUGAUUUCAGGUAAAGAAAAUAUGGGUGAAGGAUGUGCAAAGUGUUCAAAAGAGAAAGGUUGUAAUCUGGGUGAUGCUAAAGGAGAAUUCAAUUCUGCGCAUGAUUCAGAUUUGUUGGAGAGUUGUGGCUUAGUUUUGGGGACAGAAAAUGAGUCACGAAGCAAUGAAUGCAUCAGUGCAAAUUCUUCAUUUUCUGCAGAGAUAUAUUCCACUCUAAAUGAAGCUGUAAUGGCUAACAGAUUUGAUGUUGAACAUGUGUUGCGAGGUGCUGAAGAACCAGUUAUAUGUGCUACCAUUGGCAAACAUGGAGUCAUUAGUCAUCUUGAAAGUAAAUGGAAGCCUUUUCAAACUGAAGCACAAGAAAGGCCAAACUUUGAUCAAUUUUUGGGCUCUCAAUUGGCUGUAGAUGCUUUGGCAAAAGGGUUCAUGGUAAAAAAGUUGCAGAAACGGAAGCUGAAAGAGAGCAUGAAUUUGGAAGAGUAUGAAGAGUUUGAACUUGUAGUUCCUCCUGGAUCAGUACUUUUAUAUCCAAGUGACACAGCAGUUGGCGCUGAUGACCUCCAAGCAAUGAAUAUUGGGGUGAAGAAUUUGAUUGUUUUGGAUGGGACAUGGGCUAAGGCGAAGAGGGUGUAUAAAGAGAAUCCCUGGUUGAGGCUUUUGCCGCAUCUGAAGUUGGUUUUGGAUAAACUGAGCUUGUUUAGUGAGGUGAGACGUCAGCCAAAAGCUGGCUGUUUGUCUACCAUUGAGAGCAUUGUUUAUGCACUGAAGGCAGUAGGGGACAAUCCAGAGGGUCUGAAUAAUCUUUUGGAUGUUUUUGAGUCCAUGGUUGGAGAUCAAAGGCGAUGUAAAGAUGAGAAUUUGCAGUCUGAUCAUUGA